AUGAGGAUAACUACUUUGGAGGAUAUAACUUCCGUUGCCGGAGCCUUUGAACGGGCUGGCAUUAAUAUCGAAUUAUCUCAUCGGAAAGGUACCUUUACUCAUCCCGGACGUUAUGUCGCCACGUUCUUGAACAUGAUUCUCUGGUCUAUGGCACUAAUUACGUACUCAAUAAAAAACUUCAAUGAUGUCGAUAAAUUAGUUCCGACGUUGCUAUAUGAAAUGCAAUUCUUGCUUACGAUAUCCAAAAGUUUAGUCUUUCUAGCGCGUCGAAAGCAAUUUUUGCGCCUAAAUGAGGCUUUAGAGAAGCUGGCUUGGAGAGGCAACCAAAGUGAACGGGAACUAUGGAAUCAUCAGAAUCGCCGCGUACACCCUAUAACGAGAGCUUAUGAUAUCUCCUGUCGGCUGACUAUCGGCUCUUCCGCACUUCUGCCAUUACUGAAGUUACUCUAUUAUUACAUCUGGUACAAUGAAGUUGUUUUAACUCUACCUAUGCCGGGCACAUUUCCUUACGAUAUCAGCGUACCCUUCUUCUACAUAUUAUCAAGUUUUUCCUCCGCAUUAGUCGGAUUUUAUUGCUGGAAUAGUGCCACCGCCGUGGAUGGCUUAUUCGGUUGGUUUCUCUACAACAUUUCGGCUCAUUUGCAAAUUAUGCGUCUUAAGUUGGAACAUCUUUUACAACUACAAGCAGAUGGCCCACAAUUUCAAGUGGAUUUCGCCGCUUUCAUCACCUACCAUAAGCAAAUAAUUUCACUAACACUGGAGCUCGAUGCUGUUUAUGCGCCAAUCAUUUUCUUAGAAGUCAUAUCCUCUGGUAUACCUAUUUGCUUACUCGCCUAUCAGUUGACCUAUCUAUCUGAUCCAAGCAGUCUGAUCUUUAUUUGUGCACUGCUGUCGGCUAUUGUAUUACAGUUAUUGCUUUAUUGUAUGGGCGGUGAGAAGAUCCAAAGUGAGUGUGAAGAGCUAUGUAAAAAUAUUUACCUACUGAUUCCAUGGUACAACUUACCGCCAAAGCAUUGUCGCCUAUAUCUCAUGUCGCUCAUGCGUUCGCAACGAGUUCUGGCUCUAAGGGGCUACUUCUUUACAGCAAAUCAUAGUCUACUUGUAUGGGUUUUCAGAACAGCUGGCUCAUUUACUGCAAUGUUAAAUACAUUGAAGGAUAAGCAGAAGUAG